AUGACAAGGAUACACUUGCUGGGCGUAGGAUCAAUCGGCACACUCUUAGCGCACAACCUAAGGGUAACAUCACCUACCACCCCUUUGACUCUUCUCGUUCGAUCACCGCGCGGUUUCCCAAAUACCAUUACCUGUACGAGAGAUGGUGUGAGGUCAACUUCGACCGGAUAUGAGAUAGAAUCAUCGAACCCUCUAUCCGAAUAUCAAAGGACUGAUGAACCCAUAAAAAGCUUGAUAGUAACAACGAAAACCACCCAAACUGUGAAUGCUAUCGAACCAUUAUUACCAAGACUGAAUCGUGAUUCAGUGAUCACGUUACUUCAAAAUGGGAUGGGUGUACAUUCCGAACUGAUUCAUACCCAUUUCACAGAUGUAAAGGAAAGACCUAGCUUUAUAUUGGGCACUACGCCCCACGGAGCAUUUACCAAUUCGAAAGGAAAUGUGAAUCAUACCACACCUGCAGGAAAAGGAUUUAUCAAAUGGGGUGUAGUCCCUCCUUCUCCUUCGUCGUUCUUCACAGGUCAAAGUUUCGAAAAUCUGAUCUCUUCUUUCGUCAAUGAGGAUACACAAUCCGAUCCACACAAAGAUGUUCUGGAUAAUGUACAUUCAACCGCGAAGGAAAAUGCUAGUGAAACGAUAGAGACAGAAGGUCUAAAAACGUUGAAAGAUACAUUAACAGCUCUGACCAAAAUGACAGACUUGAAUUCAGAUGUGAUACCAUUCGAUAAAUUGAAUCAAGCCAUGUUGUUCAAAUUAGCAGUCAACGCUUCGGUUAAUCCUAUAACAGCGAUUUUAGGUAGAGGUAAAUUGACAAAUUCAUCUUUAUUAGAUAUACCAAUAGGAUUAGAAAUAGUCAAUAAAUUAGUCGACGAAUGUUCUGAGAUCCUCAUCAAACAUCUCACUUCUUCAGGAGAAACGAAUAAGAUAUCACGAGAAGAUUUAAGUGUGUUUGAAAAAGAUAGUAUGAAAGAAACGAUUAAACAGAUCAUUAGUUCAACAAGUAAUAACGUAACUUCCAUGGCUGUGGAUAUUAGAGAUAGAAGAGAAACUGAAAUUGACUAUAUAAAUGGGUAUAUGAUUAAAUUAGGUAAAGAACUAGGAUGUAAAACAGAAAUCAAUCAACUGGUAUAUGACAUGAUCAAGUUUAUGACAGAGUCUAACAAAGACAAAGUGUGA